UGUCCGGGCUCCGGGCCGGGAGAAGUUUGCGGCGCUGGGCGGAGGCAGCGGCGGGCGGCCGGGCUGCUCGCUCCGCUCCGCUCCGGCCAUGGCCUUCCGCCGGCGGGCCAAGAGCUACCCGCUCUUCAGCCAGGAGUUCCUGAUCCACAACCACGCGGACAUCGGCUUCUGCCUGGUGCUCUGCGUGCUCGUCGCGCUCAUGUUCGAGGUGACAGCCAAGACUGCCUUCCUAUUCAUCUUACCUCAGUACAACAUUAGCGUGCCUACAGCAGAUGGCGAGCUAGUUCACUACCGCUAUGGGCUAAAGGACUUGAUCACCAUCCUCUUCUACAUCUUCAUAGCAAUCAUCCUGCACAUGGUGUUGCAGGACUACGUCCUGGAUAAAAUCAACAGGCGGCUCCAUCUCUCCAAGGUCAAACACAGCAAGUUCAACGAAUCGGGGCAGCUGGUAGCGUUCCAUCUCACCUCCAUGAUCUGGUGCUUGUAUGUAGUGGUGACGGAAGGAUACUUAUCAAACCCGAGAAGCUGGUGGGAAAACUACCCUCAUGUUUUUCUCCCGUUCCAGGUGAAGUUUUUCUACCUUUGCCAGCUGGCCUACUGGCUGCAUGCACUGCCUGAGCUGUACUUCCAGAAGGUGCGCAAGGAGGAGAUUCCUCGUCACCUGCGGUACAUCAGCCUGUACCUGAUGCAUAUAGCUGGAGCAUACCUCUUACACCUAACCCGCCUGGGGCUCAUCCUCUUGCUGCUGCAGUACUUUGCUGAAUUCCUCUUCCACAUGGCCCGUCUCUUCUACUUCACGGAUGAGAACAACGAGAAGCUGUUUAAUGCCUGGGCAGUGGUGUUCGUGGUCACCCGGCUCUUCACCCUCACCCUUUCCGUGCUGGUCAUUGGCUUUGGGCUGGCUCGGGUGGAGAACCAGGCAUUCGACCUCGAGAAAGGAAACUUCAACACUCUGCCUUCCAGGAUGUUUGUGCUGUCCCUGGUGUGCCUCUUCCAGGCCUGGAUGAUGUGGCACUUCAUCCGGUUCCAGCUGCGGCGCUGGCGGGAGUACCGGGACGAGCAGAGCGCUAGGCAGAGAGCAGCCGCCCUCACCAAACAGCAGUCCAAGCCUGUCAAGAGGGAGUCAGGUUACCAUGAAAACGGAGUGGUGAAAGCCGAGAACGGAACCUCCCCGCGCACCAAGAAGCUCAAGUCUCCGUAGAGCUGAAGGCUCGUCUGCCAGGGAGGAGGGCGAGAGACCAGGACUAAGCACCAGCCCCUCCCUCGGCCUCCCAGGUGCUGAAUGGCUUGGAAAGUCUCAUCUCUAACCCCCCCCACCCCAGACCAUUUGCAAUAAAACCAAAAAACCUUGCUCCGUCACAUGGCCUGCAGGAGCCAGACCCAAACCUCCCGUCCUCUCCUUCCUCUCAGUUUUAUCGUCAAUCAGCGUGCAAUUUUUUUCCCCCUCUUCCUGAGUGUUUUUUCUUCCUUUUGUGUUUUUGUUACAAAUGGGAUGGUUCCAAGCAAACAAUCCCUUUUCUAAAGGAGGUUCUUCCCCUUCCCUCUGGGCAUUGCCCUGCGUCCUGGCCUUGGAGGGGCAGGCGGCUGCUUUAAGGUGCCUGGUGACCAUGAGGGUAGAGGUUUUGGGAGCUGGGGGAGCCAUGCCCUGUGCGCAGAGCGUCUCUCAGUAUCAGGGUGGCAUCCUUCGGUGGUGUUGCCACGGCUGGAGUUCCUGGGUGAACUGCAGGGCAGCCUUGCAUCCAGCAGGAUUGCAGAGGCAGGCCAGGUCUGGAUUGGGCCUGUUGCAUCAGGGCACAGGGAGGUGACCUUAGAUGUGCUUUGCAUCGUGCUGGAGUUCCGGAAAGUGGCAUCCCUAGCAGUCUGCGGCAGGAGAUGAGCUCUGAGGCCGGUUCUGCCCACCUCUCUCCCUCCCCUAGGUGCGGUGACUGGGCUCUGCCUCUGCCCUGCAAUUCCUAGUGCCUUACUUGGGAUGAUGUCACCCAGGGAGUAGCUCAGGCCAAACUCAGUUGAGGAUGUAUAAGCCCUGAGACCCCCACCAGCAGGUCAGCCCUGGUCCCAUACCUCACUGCUCCUUCAGGAUGUGCCGCUUUACCUCACCUAAGUGCUGGCUUAAUCCUGUGGCAUUGUGUUUGCGUAGCACUCGUGCUGCAUGCAGAAGAGCAGAUUCCCUGCCACUCAGAGUUUAUCUGUAACGGGGCCUUUCACCUCAUGCCUCACCGCUGCCCUGAGCUGCCCCUGCCAUCCCAGGCCAGCUGUGCCCUCUCUGCUCCAGCUGCAGCCACCAGCUUCUGUCUUUCCGCUUCACAGGCCUCAUAUCCCCUGAGGGGAUUGUUAAUCCGGGAUCCAGCCCAUGCAUCCCUUCCUGGGCUGGGUGGGAAUAGCAGAGAGCAGCCUGUGGAAGUGGGAGUGCCUCUCGCCCGAUCCAUGCCACCGCCCUCCCCAGCUGGUGGAUGGAAUCGUCUCAAAUCUACCUCAGAGGCCGCCUCUUUCAUACGAUCACUCUCCCUCGACCCCUUGUUGGCUGCGUAUGUUGGAAGGAGACGUGUGGGAAUUGUUUGAGCGCCCAUUGAUUCUGUCCACUGCCCUCUUCCGAAUGGAUGGAGCCGUCCCACUUGAAGGGCUCUGUCAGUGCCACGCGCUGGUCAAGACUUGCCAGGUUGCCCUGCAGCAGAGGGUAUUUCUCUCGGAGGAAGGUGCCCAUAAGCCAGACUUUGCAGUGGGCAUGGUUCAGUGCAGUGAGGUGACUUGGUGCUUCCCUUCUGCUUCGUUGGGGUGGGAGCUUCCCUCUUGGCAAAGCUGGCUCAGCUGCCCUUUCUGUUGGGGUGAUGGGUAGCAUUUCCCUUUGGCUGAGCGUGGAGAGGGUGUCGCUGCUCCCAGAGAGGCAGGGAGAGAGGCAGGCAGGGGAUAGCAGGGGUGAAGUGUCAUGGAAUCUCUUCUAAUGCAGAUUGGGAUCAGGGUUCUUCCUUCCUAGCUGGGGUGAGUGACAUGGGCCAGAAUAAACCAAACACAAUGUUCCUGACUUGUUUCAUGCUGCUCCCUGUGGCCUUCCUUACUGGAGGUGAUUGUAACUCAUGCUCUCUGGCCUUUUGUUUUUUGGGGUGGUGAGAGGAACGGGCUGGCUGUGCUGCUUUCACAGAUUUUGAGUCCUCUCCACACCUGUUCUCUCCCCAGCACAGGCAGAGGCUGCCAGUGUGGGAGACAGAAUACCUGGGAGCCUGAAUGCAGCUUUGAAUGUCAAAGGAGAGCCACUAGCUAGCAUCUCCUAGGGAUCUUCCUCCCGCUCCCCCAGUAUCUUGGAGCAGAGCCCCUGGGAACACCUUGUGACUGUCCCUCCUUAGCCCUGGCGGGACAGAUACUAGCAAAGCCAGCGCUUGGGCAGAGCAGCGGAACCGGGCGGGAAAAGAAUGUUACACCAGCGAGCGAGCUGGGACCCGAGCUGUUGGCCCCCGGGCCUAGCACCGUUCACCCUUCCAUACCUCUCCCCUUUCUCUUCUGCUCCCAGCCGGGAGGGGAUCGCUGAGCCCUGCAGGGAGUGACUGCUCCCCAGAUCUCUCCAGAGCCGGAGCUGCCUUGCUCCUCUGAUGUCAGAGACUUACUGCAGCUGAGGAGCUGAGCCUCCUGGUUAAAAGGUGGCUUGUUGUCAGAUCCAAAUAAACCAGGCUGCUGAAUGAUUCCUUCCCCCCGCCUGCCCUGCUCCAGGUAGCCUUUCCUCUGGCACAAGCCUGCGAGGCCGUAAAGUAGCUCGUUGUCUCUAUAUACCAAGUGCCUUACAUUGCGGUAUAGUCUGUACUCUCUUGCCUAUGCGCUGCCUCAAUAGCUCUGUGCCCUCGGGCUCUGUGUAUAUGUCUGAUGUGUAUGUUCCAUAUUUAGUCACUGGGGAAAGGGACAGUUCACGCUGGAAGUAGCCCCUCAUUCUCUAUGUCUUUUCGAUUUGUAGAAUGGUUCCUUCCUCGGUGGCUAAAAUCCCCUUCCCUUUUUCUGCCUAGAUCGGUUGGCCCCUGCAGUGAUGCCCCCUGGCUGCCAUUUCACAGGCAUCGCUGGGGUCAUUUGUGGCUGGAGGAGCUCCCAUCCCAUCCCAUCCCUCCCAACACAGAAACUCUUGCUCCUCUCUCCUCCAGUGCACAUACCGUCCCUGGCUCUGCAGUCACUGGUGCAGCUCUCCUUGCAUUUCCUAGCAAACCAAAACUUCCUCUCUAGCCUGGAGAAACCUCCUCCUUGUAGAGGUGGAUUCUUUUCUUUCCCAGUCUCUAGUGUAAACUCUUUCAUUGACCAAUCCACGUACAAAGGGGCAGAGCGCCGGGGGAAGGGGAGACCCACUUCUCGAAUGAGUCCUCUUCUUGGGCCCCAUCACACAAAGUGCUGCGCAUCUUCUGCAACAGGUUGAGUGCCCCCAUCUGCUAGAAAGCUGAGGGCACUCAGGAUCAUGCAGAAUUGGGACUUGGGUCCCGGAUUCAGUGUUAUAGCACCGCUACUCCACUCCCUCCUGGGUUGUGCAAUAACCCACCUGGAUCAUGGUCACUCCUCAGUGCUUGCAUCCAUCACCAAUCCCUGGGAGGGGAGGAUCCCUGAGAUGAGGCCAAGUUGUGAUAAUUGCAUGGAGCACAGAAUGCCUCCUCACCUGGGCUGUGGCAAAGUCUCUUAAGAACCAGCAGUUCUUCUCCCUCUCCUUGUCCCAGAUGGAUCUUAGAGGGGUGGAAGUUGGGGAGAAUGUAGCAUUUUGCAGAUCAGUAUCUUUUUUUAAAAAAAGUUUGUUGAAUGAAUCUUCCUUGCUCAAUGGGGCAUUAAAGUUUGUAUUUUUGUAGGAUGACUUUUCCCUGCCUAUCAUACACAGGUGUAGCGAAUAAGGGAUAGGUUUCUCCCUGGUUUUUCUAUUAAGUGGAGGAUGGUCUCUCUUCAGAACUAGUCAUGAAAUCUGUAGGUGGGUGGUCUUCAUUCCAGUGGAUUGGAGUUACAGCUACAUCUGACUAUGGAGUCCAGUAGUUGGAAGCUGCAGCUACAGCUGACUUCUCUCUAUAGUAGAGGGUGUCUACAGCUGUCUGACUGUACGGCUAUAGCAGCUCCUUUGAGUGCAUAACAGAUGGCUCAAGUUGGCAGUCUUUAUAUUGACACUAUAAACUGGGUCACUCGUCUCUCUAUGUCAUGUGUACUUCUUACCAGAGGGAGGGAUGGACACAAGACGCAAAGUUUGGGUGGGUCCUUGUAUCUCUCUUUUUAACCUGUUUAAUUCUGCGGACCAAACUUCAACAAAGAAACUCAAGGAAAAUUCUGUUCUUCCAUAUUUAUGCUUUAGUGCAAACGUUCUCUUCCUUUGUUGUGUAUUUUAAUUUGUUUUGGUUUGGGGGGGUUGGUUUUUUGGAUAACCGUUUCAACUCCCCCCCUGACACACACACACGUUUUUAUUCUUCCCCUGUCAUUUAAAAAAUAAAAACCAAUUUUGUAUGGAAUUUUUUUUGUUAAAUGGCUUUUGUGAGCAAACUCUCAACAAAGAUAUUUUCUGAAAUAAUAAAAGGCAUAGAAUCAUCAACUGGUGCUUAA